CCCCACGGCUCCCACCGACGCCGGCGGCCGAGCGGCGCCCGCGGUCGGUACCGGGACUGGGGAGGCGGAACGAGAGCCUCGAGAGGAGAACAGCCAGAGGAGUGAGGGGGCAAUGAGGACCUGAAGCCGCCAUGCCGCUGAAGAAGCCCCCGCAGGCGGCAGCCCCCAUGGCAGCCGAGGACGAGCUGCUGCUGCUGCAGAAACAAGCGCUGGCCGAGGAGGAAGCAGCCAAGAGCAAGGGGGAGAUGCUCAGCCGGUUCCUGAAGGACAAGCUGGCCAAGGAGAAGCACAGCAGUGCCCUGAACCUGCACAAGCUCAACGCGCAGUGGCGAGCAGUGCUGCGGGAGGCCAGAGCCGAGGAGCUGCAGCAGGACGUGGAGAUCCUCAGCCAGACCUUUGCCCGGGUGAUGGACGGCAAGGACAGCGUCAUUGAGUCCUUGGCCACAGACCUGGAGGAGGCAGAGGAGCAGCACGCCCAGGCCCUGCGCAGCCACCUGCGCAACAUCGACCGCCUGCUGCGGCUCCAGCGCUGCCGCCUGAGCUGCCUGCAGGAGGGGUACGAGGCCCAGCUGGAAGCCCUGAAGGUGGAAUUUGAGGCUGAGAGGAGAGCCAUCCUGGAGCAGCAGGAGCGAGAAAGCUGCUCCCUGCAGGCCAUGCUGCUGGCCACGGAGCAGCAUCACAGCAGGAACCAUCAGGAGGCUGAGCAGGACUUGCAGAGCGCCCAGGCUGUGCUCAAGAACAAGAGCAUGCUGGAGAAGCAAUUCAGCCGUGCACAGGUGAGCAACAAGCUGGAGGUCCUCUGGGAGCAGUUCAGGAAGGCAGCCCAGAGCUACGCAGAGGCCACUGAGCACCCAGCGGUCGCCCUGAGGACGCUGAAGCAGAAGGACAAGAAGAGCUCCAGGGAGAUCUCCACGCAGGCAAAGAAGCUGAAGAAGCUGCAGGACUUGGUGACAGCCACUAAGGGCCAGCUCGCAGCUCACCGCUGGGAGAGGGAGGAGCAGACCCAGCAGGGGCAGGAGGAGAAGGAAAGAGCCUUCAGGAAGCUUCUGGAGCUUGAGGGCAGGAUGAAGCAGGCCAGGACUAAGGCCCGUGGUGACCUGGCCAGGCUCAUCCUGCAGAGCAACACUGCCCUGAAGGCACUUGGGAAGGUGGUGGCAAAGGCUGCAGACGGAGGAGGAGAAGGUUCUGCCCUUCUACUCUUCCUCCCUGGCAGAGGGGGAGCAGCAAGAGGCCCAACGAGUCCUGGAGGAGACACCCACAGAGCCCCUGGCCCAGGCCUUGCAGGACUACCUCGGACUGGAGCUCUUCUGGCAGCUCUUCAACAAGGCCAAGCUGGAGGAGCAGGCACUGAGGCGGGAGCAGGAGGCCCUGAGGGAGAGGAACCAGCAGCUGCGGGAGCUGCUUGGGCAGUACCUGGCAGGGAUCUCAGGCAACCAGGAAGUGCCAGGCGAGCCCAGACCCCUCCUCACCAUCCAGCACAUGCCCAGGGACUUGCUCCGUGCUGGAGUGGACUCUGCACAAGAUCACAAGGGUGAUGCAGACCCCAACAGCCUCUUGAGAGAGGACAAAAGCCUGGACUGCAUCCUUGGUGCUGCUGGCACCAGCUGAGAGUCCUCUCCUGCAGACUUGGGCAUCCUACGUGGCACCUGGGGGCACCCCAGACACUGGGGCUGCUCAGAGGUGACAGGAAAGAGCUAAACUGUGCCCUCCCCCCCAAAAAAAAAGUGCUGUGGAGUCUUAUUUCUGGGACACACCAAGCAGGGAGGGGAUCUGUAGCCUCCCACUCAGGUCUGGCACCAGCAGGCAGCGAGCUGGAGGGGGUGGGUGGGUGGUACACAGCUCCCUCCUGCUGCCCUGUGCCACCCACACCUCCUACCCAGGACUGGACAAUUUGCAGCC